CUCAACUGCUCUCGCUCGCUGCCCCUUCGCGGAAACUCCCACAUUUUCCGGCCAUGGCGAUUCGCCGUCUCCUCAACCUCUCUGGCCGCCGAUCUCACAGCGCUGCGGUCACUACUGCCACGUUAUCACCACCACCCCCGCCUCCAUCCUCCUCCUCCUCCUCUUCCUCGACUACCAUGAUAUACGACCGCGCCGCGGAUACUGUCAAGUCCAAGCUCAAACGUCUCGAGACGCCGGAUUCACGCUUCCUCCGCUACACCUCCCCGCACCCUAUCCUCGCCGACCACAGCGCCACCCUCUCCUCUCCUGAGACCCGAGUCACCACCCUCCCUAAUGGCCUCCGAGUCGCCACAGAAUCACGCCUCCCAGGCCGCGCCGCGGCUGUUGGUGUCUGGAUCGACUCCGGGAGUCGCUUCGAGAGUGACGCCACCAACGGCGUGGCUCAUUUUCUGGAACGCAUGGUGUUCAAGGGCACGGAAAAGAGGCCGGCUAGGGUUUUGGUGGAGGAAAUUGGGAGCAUGGGCGGGCACUUGAGUGCCUGCACAUCGAGGGAGCACACGGCAUACUGCGCUGAGGUCAUGGACGAAAAUGUUCCCAAGGCGCUGGAUCUUCUUUCCGAUAUGUUGCAGCAUUCGUGUUUCCGUGAGGAUCAGAUGGAGCGCGAGCGCGAUCUGAUUCUUCAACAAAUUAAAGAGGCAGAGGGGCCCAGUAAGGAAAUUAUCUUUGACCAUUUGCAUGCAACUGCAUUCCAGUACACACCUUUGGGUAGAACUGUUCUGGGAUCUGCGAAAAAUAUCAAGACUAUCCACAAAUCUCAUAUUAAAGACUAUAUUUCAGCUCACUGUGCUGCCCACAGAAUGGUAAUUUCUGCUGCUGGAGCUGUUAAGCAUGAGGAUAUUGUUGAGCAAGUGAAGAAGACAUUUACAAAGCUAUCAGCUAAUCCUUCCGUGACUAGUCAGUUGGUUGCAGAGAAGCCAGCUGUUUUCACUGGAUCUGAGGUUCGGAUAAUUGACGAUGAUCUUCCUCUAGCACAAUUUGCAGUUGCAUUCAAAGGAGCUUCAUGGACAGAUCCAGAUUCCAUCGCUUUGAUGGUCAUCAAAUUGAUGCUGGGCUCUUGGAACAAAAAUGCAGGAGGGGGAAAGCACAUGGGUUCACAGCUUGUACAGAAGGUUGCCAUUAAUGAAAUAGCUGAAUGCAUGAUGGCUUUUAACACUAACUAUAAAGACACAGGCUUGUUUGGUGUUUAUGCUGUAGCCAAGCCAGAUUGCUUGGAUGAUUUAGCUUAUGCAAUAAUGCUUGAGAUAAGUAAGUUACCUUAUCGAGUCUCAGAGGAGGAUGUUACUCGUGCUCGUAAUCAGCUGAAAUCUUCUCUGCUUCUUCAUAUUAAUGGACUCAGCCAUGUUGUUGAAGACAUUGGUCGUCAGCUACUUACUUAUGGCCGAAGAAUUCCAUUGGCUGAAUUAUUUGCAAGGAUUGAUGCGGUGGAUGCCAAAUCUGUCAAACGCGUUGCAAACCGUUUUAUAUUUGAUAGGGAUAUUGCAAUUGCUGCCCUGGGACCCAUCCAGGGUUUACCCGACUACAACUGGUUCAGGCGCAGGACCUACUUGCUGCGUUACUAAGGCUGUUUCUUUUCUUUUCCUUCUUCAGGCUGGGACCAUCAUUUCAUCAGGUCUGAUUGCCCUGAGGGCUCUAUUUAAUUCUUUAUUUUAUUUAUGAGUUUUCGGUUUAUUAUUUUUUGACAUUCCUCUAUUGUAUGACAACAUAUCCUUAGUUUCAAGUUUCAACACAUGAAUUUCUUUCAGCAAAAACUAACAACCCCUUUCACGUUCUCUUC